AAAAAACAGGAAGCUUAUUGGCACAGUGGUUAACCAGAAAAAAAGGCAAUUCAUGACCAAAAAGUUGCCGACCCCUGGCCUACAGUGAAGAAAUGACAUAACAGUCAUAAGACUUAAGAAAAGUCAUAUGGGAUGGAAAAGAAGGUUUUUAGUGUGUCUCAAUAACAAUCCUCCCAUUAUAAACAUUCCCAUCAACUUUAUAAGGAACUAAAAUCUGCAGAAUCCCAACAACAAGCAGCUGCUCAUAUUGCUCUCUUCUGUCUCAGGAAAAUGGAUAACACUGAAGAAUACAGUAAACUGGAGAUGGAAUGUGAACCAAGGAAAUCAUUUCAGAGAGGGGCUUCUUCAUCUGAAGAAACAAACUAUUAAGAAACAAACUCAUCUACAUCUUGGAUGGACUGAGAUCUUCCAUGCAGGAGACUAACUGUGAUCCUUCUAGGAACAGUCUGCAUGAUUAUUUUCAUGGUCUUGACUUCUGUCAUCUAUUCCCAUCAGGAAAGAAAGUUCUCAAUGCUGGAGAGCUGGAUGAAAAGCCAUACUUCUGAUCUAACCUCAGUCAAAUCUGAAUUUCAGUACACAGGAGGUGAUCUAGAAAAGAAGGUUUCUGAGCUGCAGAACUUAGUGUUCAGCCUGAGUUCAUAUUUGAACACGUCUGGAUCAAGUAACCCAGACACCAGAGAAAUGCAAAUAAAGAAGCUGUCUAAUAUUGAGACCCUGAUGAGCGAUCUCGGCUCGUCACUGAGUUCACUCGCAUCCAAACAAGAAGAAAAACUACAAAAGCUGGAGCGUCAGCAGGAUACGUCACACACUGAAGUCAAGAGUUUGAUGGACGGUUUGAGUUCAGAAGUAUCGACUCUUAGGAGUAAACUAACAGAGGACAGUCCAAGGUCUAUUUUACGCACACAACGUUUCUUGGUGGAUAUGUCAAAAACACUGACGGAUCUGAAGAAUUUAAUGUCGGAAGUGAAAUCAUCAGUUCAGUCUCUUAGUUAUAGACUAUCUUUUACCAACUUACUUAUACCAGGAUGUACUGAAUCUGGUUGGAUCCCGUUCAGAAACAGCUGUUACCUGUUCUCGCAUGACUCGAUGACCUGGACCAAAGCUAAAAAUUACUGUGAAGAGAAGGGCGCACUACUCCUAAAAAUAGAAGAUGGCUCUGAGAGGGAGUGGAAAAUGGAUAACACUGAAGAAUACAGUAAACUGGAGAUGGAAUGUGAACCAAGGAAAUCAUUUCAGAGAGAUCUUCCAUGCAGGAGACUAACUGUGAUCCUUCUAGGAACAGUCUGCAUGAUUAUUUUCAUGGUCUUGACUUCUGUCAUCUAUUCCCAUCAGGAAAGAAAGUUCUCAAUGCUGGAGAGCUGGAUGAAAAGCCAUACUUCUGAUCUAACCUCAGUCAAAUCUGAAUUUCAGUACACAGGAGGUGAUCUAGAAAAGAAGGUUUCUGAGCUGCAGAACUUAGUGUUCAGCCUGAGUUCAUAUUUGAACACGUCUGGAUCAAGUAACCCAGACACCAGAGAAAUGCAAAUAAAGAAGCUGUCUAAUAUUGAGACCCUGAUGAGCGAUCUCGGCUCGUCACUGAGUUCACUCGCAUCCAAACAAGAAGAAAAACUACAAAAGCUGGAGCGUCAGCAGGAUACGUCACACACUGAAGUCAAGAGUUUGAUGGACGGUUUGAGUUCAGAAGUAUCGACUCUUAGGAGUAAACUAACAGAGGACAGUCCAAGGUCUAUUUUACGCACACAACGUUUCUUGGUGGAUAUGUCAAAAACACUGACGGAUCUGAAGAAUUUAAUGUCGGAAGUGAAAUCAUCAGUUCAGUCUCUUAGUUAUAGACUAUCUUUUACCAACUUACUUAUACCAGGAUGUACUGAAUCUGGUUGGAUCCCGUUCAGAAACAGCUGUUACCUGUUCUCGCAUGACUCGAUGACCUGGACCAAAGCUAAAAAUUACUGUGAAGAGAAGGGCGCACUACUCCUAAAAAUAGAAGAUGGCUCUGAGAGGGAGUGGAAAAUGGAUAACACUGAAGAAUACAGUAAACUGGAGAUGGAAUGUGAACCAAGGAAAUCAUUUCAGAGAGAUCUUCCAUGCAGGAGACUAACUGUGAUCCUUCUAGGAACAGUCUGCAUGAUUAUUUUCAUGGUCUUGACUUCUGUCAUCUAUUCCCAUCAGGAAAGAAAGUUCUCAAUGCUGGAGAGCUGGAUGAAAAGCCAUACUUCUGAUCUAACCUCAGUCAAAUCUGAAUUUCAGUACACAGGAGGUGAUCUAGAAAAGAAGGUUUCUGAGCUGCAGAACUUAGUGUUCAGCCUGAGUUCAUAUUUGAACACGUCUGGAUCAAGUAACCCAGACACCAGAGAAAUGCAAAUAAAGAAGCUGUCUAAUAUUGAGACCCUGAUGAGCGAUCUCGGCUCGUCACUGAGUUCACUCGCAUCCAAACAAGAAGAAAAACUACAAAAGCUUGAGCGUCAGCAGGAUACGUCACACACUGAAGUCAAGAGUUUGAUGGACGGUUUGAGUUCAGAAGUAUCGACUCUUAGGAGUAAACUAACAGAGGACAGUCCAAGGUCUAUUUUACGCACACAACGUUUCUUGGUGGAUAUGUCAAAAUCACUGACGGAUCUGAAGAAUUUAAUGUCGGAAGUGAAAUCAUCAGUUCAGUCUCUUAGUUAUAGACUAUCUUUUACCAACUUACUUAUACCGGGAUGUACUGAAUCUGGUUGGAUCCCGUUCAGAAACAGCUGUUACCUGUUCUCGCAUGACUCGAUGACCUGGACCAAAGCUAAAAAUUACUGUGAAGAGAAGGGCGCACUACUCCUAAAAAUAGAAGAUGGCUCUGAGAGGGAGUGGGAAUUUGUUACCAGUACAGCCAAACCACAAGAAUACUGGACUGGUCUAACCGACCAGAACACAGGGCAGUGGAGAUGGGCGGAUGAAACUCCUUACACCAUGAAUAAAAUAGAGUGGAGCCCUGGUCAGCCAGAUGACUGGAAAGACCAUGGCCUGGGAGAGGAAGGAGAGGACUGUGUGCACAUUACAGCAUACGGGCUGCUAAAUGAUGCCCACUGCUCUAUUAAAAUGAACUAUAUAUGUGAAAGGAGAAAACAGGACUGAGUGUGGUCAAAACUGAAAGAAUAUUUUAAAAAGAAUUUGUGUGUGGUGGGGGUGUUAUCUUUGGGUGUAAAUUACUAAUCAAAUGAAUUAUGUGUUUGGUGUAUGACUAAUACAGCCUUUCUCCAGAGAUUCACAAAUCAAAUGUAAGACUUUUUAAAAUUAAUACUGCAUGCCAUUCCAGUACAAACCCAUUAAAUCUCAAAACAAAUAUAUAUUCAACUGCAAAACAGGGCAAUUGCAUGUUUAUAUAAUCAACUGUUUUUUUUAAUCAAUAUUUACAUUUGCAUUGGAAUUUGUUAUUGAAAUGCUGUUCUCUUAUUAAUGCACAUAAACUACAGGUCAAUUUAAGCUGGAUACAAUCAUGUGUUUUUGAAGAAAAGCAUAAAAUAAAUGAUUGCAUUAUACUAAUAAA